CGCCCGGCCCGCGGGGCGCCGAGAAGCCCGCGGCCGCCGACGCGCCAUGCGCGCCCCUCCCCGCCGCCCGGGGGGCCCGCGCCGUGCGCUCCCGGACCGGCGCUGAGGCUCGGCGCCGCUGGCCAGAUGUAGCGGCGUCGGGGCCGUCUCCUCCGCCGCCCGCCUCCGCGUCGCUCUGCGGCUUCUCCUGCGCGAUCCCCACCGCCUGCACCGGGGCGGCCGGCGAGGGGCCUGCAGGCUCCGGAGCCCCGAUGCCCCGCAGCUCGCGCUCCUGAGCGUCCAGAGUCGGGGGCGGCGACAGGGCCGGCCGUGGUCCCGGAGGGAGCCCCGAGGGCCCCAAGGCCAGGCGCGCCAUGGCCCGAGCACUGCCCUGGCUCCUGCUGUGGAUGGGCUCCGGAGUGCUGCCCGCCCGCUGCACCCCGCCCGGCAUCGGCAUCCGGCUGCCCCUGCGCAGCGGGCUGGGGGCGCCCCCCCUGGGGCUGCGGCUGCCCCGGGAGACCGUCGAGGAGCCCGACGAGCCCGGCCGGAGGGGCAGCUUUGUGGAGAUGGUGGACAACCUGAGAGGCAAGUCCGGUCAGGGCUACUACGUGGAGAUGACCGUGGGCAGCCCCCCGCAGACGCUCAACAUCCUGGUGGACACAGGCAGCAGUAACUUUGCAGUGGGGGCUGCCCCCCACCCUUUCCUGCAUCGCUACUACCAGAGGCAGCUGUCCAGUACAUACCGGGACCUCCGAAAGGGCGUGUAUGUGCCCUACACCCAGGGCAAGUGGGAGGGGGAGCUGGGCACCGACCUGGUGAGCAUCCCCCAUGGCCCCAACGUCACUGUGCGUGCCAACAUCGCUGCCAUCACCGAAUCAGACAAGUUCUUCAUCAAUGGCUCCAACUGGGAGGGCAUCCUAGGUCUGGCCUAUGCUGAGAUUGCAAGGCCCGAUGACUCCCUGGAGCCAUUCUUUGACUCCCUGGUAAAGCAGACCCACGUUCCCAACCUCUUCUCCCUGCAGCUCUGUGGUGCUGGCUUCCCCCUCAACCAGUCAGAAGUGCUGGCCUCGGUUGGAGGGAGCAUGAUCAUCGGGGGUAUCGACCACUCACUGUACACGGGCAGCCUCUGGUACACACCCAUCCGGCGGGAGUGGUACUACGAGGUGAUCAUUGUAAGGGUGGAGAUCAACGGGCAGGACCUGAAAAUGGACUGCAAGGAGUACAACUAUGACAAGAGCAUUGUGGACAGUGGCACCACCAACCUUCGUUUGCCCAAGAAAGUGUUUGAAGCUGCUGUCAAAUCCAUCAAGGCAGCCUCUUCGACGGAGAAGUUCCCGGAUGGGUUCUGGCUGGGGGAGCAGCUGGUGUGCUGGCAGGCAGGCACCACCCCUUGGAACAUUUUCCCGGUCAUCUCCCUCUACCUGAUGGGCGAGGUCACCAAUCAGUCCUUCCGCAUUACCAUCCUUCCUCAGCAAUACCUGCGGCCAGUGGAAGACGUGGCCACAUCCCAAGAUGACUGCUACAAAUUCGCCAUUUCACAGUCAUCCACGGGCACCGUAAUGGGAGCUGUUAUCAUGGAGGGCUUCUACGUUGUCUUUGACCGAGCCCGAAAACGAAUUGGCUUUGCCGUCAGUGCUUGUCAUGUGCAUGAUGAGUUCAGGACGGCAGCAGUGGAAGGCCCGUUUAUCACCCUGGACAUGGAAGACUGUGGCUACAACAUUCCACAGACAGAUGAAUCAACCCUCAUGACCAUAGCCUACGUCAUGGCUGCCAUUUGCGCCCUCUUCAUGCUGCCGCUCUGCCUCAUGGUGUGCCAGUGGCGCUGCCUCCGCUGCCUGCGCCAUCAACAUGAUGACUUUGCCGAUGACAUCUCCCUGCUGAAGUGAGGAGGCCCAUGGGCAGAAGACAGAUUCCCCUGGACCACCUUUGGUGGUUCACUUUGGUCACAAGGAGAUACUGAUGGCACUGAUGGCCAGAGCACCUCAAGACCCUCGCCUGCCCACCAAAUGCCUCUGCCUUGACAAAAGAGAAGGGAAAGCUGGCAAGGUGGGUGACAGGAAUGGCACCUGUAGGAACCAGGAGAGGGAAGAAAGAAGCAUUCUGGUGGCGGGAAUAUUCUCGGUCACCUCAAGCCUGAGUUGGGAAAUUCUGCUGCUUGACACUUCAGCCUUGAACCUUUGCCCACCAUCCCUUUGGGUUGGAGAAUCCAACCAUUCUAUUCUUCUUUUCUUAAUUCCAGAAAUAGUGGCACCACAGCCAAGUCACCCCAGUGUGCGUCUCUCUGCGGUACCCUGGCAGAGAAAGGGCCAAUGUUGUUUCCCUGCUGGCCAAAGUCAGUAGGAGCAGAUGCACAGUUUGCUAUUUGCUUUAGUGAUAGGGGCUAUAUAAACAAGCCUAACAUUGGUACAAAGAUUGCCUCUUGAAUUAAACAAAAAAUAAUGAGACUGAAUAUUUGUACAAACGGGGGCGGUUGGAAAAGGAGAGGAGAGGGAGUGCAAAGACAGGGAACAGCUGGGAUCAGAGCUAGAAAAGGCAGAACCAUGACCACUUGCCAGUCCCAGUUUCAGACUGCAUCUCCAAGAUAGAAGCACAUCUUGUAAGAUGGGUGUUGCUUCCCGAUGUUUUCUUUUCUGUGGUUGUAGCCUGACCAAAAGUGAGUUGGGAAGGAGGGCUUACCUAGCCAAAAGCUCUUUUUAACUCUCUUAAAUGAACAGUGCUCACUAAGAAGUUCCAUCUAACAAAUGACUUUCUACCUUAAUGAUUCCACUUGUCUCUACCUGAACCCUUUACUCCACAAAUGAUAAGGUAACAUUGACAUUUCCCACCCUCACCCCAGCCCCAGGUACCCUAUGAAAAAGCAACUGGAAUAUAGCAAAGAUCCCAGGGCCGGGCUUGGUCUUCCUGCUUCCGUGUCCACCCCUGCCCCCCAAACCCUAUUCCUCUGGAGCGCUGCAGCUGAGGUGCUAGGAGGGCUAGACAGGAGGACCCCCCCCCCCUUACUUGACCCUUGAAGGCAGAAUCCUCAAGAUUCGCUCAACAGGUAUCGGUUGAUGCCUUGUGCCUCUGCCUGGAUUUCUUCCUGUUCAGCUCUAAGUAGUAGUAAGAUCUCCUUGCGAUACAGAGCAGUGUCAUCGCCUCCUCACCCUCUCUAACGUCCCCUCCAUUAACCUGGCUGAGGUACCCCACAGUGGCACUAGUAUUAUACCCAGUGUCAGAAACACAGGGCUUUCUGGCUCUAGCAUCAGUUGCCUUCAGUAAUAAGGCUGCUGGAGCAAGGCUGGCAGCCUCAGGGCUUCCGUACUUCCUUCACCACCAGAGUCCCUCGGGGGAGGCCAUCCUUCUCCCCUAUCCUGCUCUCUCCUCCCCACUCCCAAUAGUAUUUGGUACCCAGGCUGGUUCUUGGGCUAGGUAGUGGGGACCAGGUUUGUUUCCUCCCUAUCAGUUCUAACACAAUCAACUCUGAUACCAGUGUUAGUGGAAAACCUGAUUCUCCUAGUAGACCCACCAGGUCCUAUCACUAUCUUAUCACCACACUGCUUCCAGGUAUGGGACCUGCCGAGUGUGGAAUUACCUGAUGAGGGAAGGGAAGGGAAGAGAUGAGGAGGGCCUCUGGAGAUCCUGGCCUUGGCCAGCUGCCCACAAGCCAUAAACCAAUAAAACAAGAAUAUUGAAUCACA